GCAACAUGGAGUUGACAAGGGGAAAGACCUUCAUCAAAUCUAGCGUGCAGGUUUCCCACGAGAAACUCAUAGACCCGCCCCAGCCUGCCCCAGCCAAGGAGGACACGGCUCCUUGGUCACUCUCGCUGGGAGGGCAGCCGAGAGCCUGUGGUGAGAAGAGCUCCCAAACUACUCCCUGUGUUCAAGAAUACAGCCAGUGCCCCAACAAAGAGACUCAGUCUGAUCCUGAAGGGGGUCCCGUGCCCGUCUGUGCAAACACCUUCAAGCUGGUGCGGAAGAGCAAGACUCAUGACAGUGUACCAGGGGCUGCGAAGGCGGCAGGCACCUCAGGGCAGAUGGUGGGCAGCAUGAGCUUCCCAGAGGCCCCUGGGGGCCAGCGCAUGAUUGACUACCGACACUUUGUACCCCAGAUGCCCUUUGUGCCAGCGGUGGCUAAGAGCAUCCCACGGAAAAGGAUUUCCCUGAAGAGAUCCAAGAAGUGCUUUCGAAACCUAUUUCACAUCCGCAGGAGCAAGACUGAGAAUUUGGCCUCACUCUCUGCCAAGGGGAAGAGCCCGUCGUCCCCUGGGGUGCCUUUGGGUGCGGCAUCGGCAGAGCAGCAAGGCAAACCCUUCCUGUCGGUGGGCGAGGGGCUGGGGCUAGACAACUUAUGCCAGGACCUCUCUGACAGUGAGUUUCUGCCUGACUCACCCUUUGACCUCUGCAGCGCCCUGUGUGAGGAUGUGGCCUCACUCAAGAGCUUCGAUUCCCUGACAGGUUGUGGGGAGAUCUUCGCGGAUGGGAGCUCGGUACCAUCUGUGGAGCUGAAAGAAGGUCCGGAGAGCCCAGCCCAUUCACCCCAGGCUCUGGACAGCAAGACUCCCCGCGGUCCCUCCCAGGAUAGCACGGAACAGCAGGCAUCACCUGCGCAGAACGAAGCAUCAGACUUCGCCAAGUUCUGGGACAGCGUGAAUCGCUCUGUGAAACAGCAGCAGCGCGCCCUGCUGGGCCCGUGGCUCAUGAGUCCCCAGGGGACAGACCCAGACCAGCUCAAGCUAGAUGCCUCUGGGUUAGCUGAACUGCCCUUGUUUCCUUGUAGGGGUCCCCCUAGUGGCUCCAAAGCCAGCUCCAUAGACACAGGGACCCCCAAAAGUGAACAGCCAGAAUCUGUGUCUACAAGCGAUGAAGGGUACUACGACUCCUUCUCACCGGGCCUUGAGGAGGAGAAAAAGGAAGCUGUGAGUCCAGGGACACCUGCAGCCACUUUCCCUAGGGACAGCUACAGUGGGGAUGCCCUCUAUGAACUCUUCUAUGACCCCAGCGAGGCCCCUGUUGGCCCAAUCCUGGACGAUGACCUGUGUGUGUCUGAGAGUCUUUCAGGGCCCGCCCUGGGGACCCCACUGUCUAUGUGCAGUUUCUACGUGGGAGCGGAGGAGAACUUGGCCCCAGCUCCAGGCCCUGACCUGCUCAGCCAGGGUUUCCUGCAGAGUACCUGGAAGGGUAAGGAAUGUCUGCUGAAGCUCUGUGACACAGAACUUGCCAUAACCAUGGGCAUUGUCAACUGGCUGCGCCGGACCCCACCCGCCCCUGCCCCUGCCCCUGCCCCUGCUCCUGCCCCUACCCCUGCCCUUGUCCUUAGAGAGCCUGUUGCCCCGCCUGACCCCCAUAGAGUCCUCAGGGGGCCACCAGAAAACCUGGAAGGCAAGGGAGACCAGGUCUCUGAUAUGGGCAAGGCCAUGGCAUGCUUGGCAUCCAGAAGACAGGAGUCUUGGGCACACCCGGGAACCAAAGACUUGCUUGUAAGAGAAUGUGAGGCCCACGGGGAGCCUGCAAGGGGUAUUCAUGUCCCAUCAAAGGAUGGCUCUCUUGAGGAAGGAACACAAGACCUCUCUGAAGGCCGGUCCUCCUCUGCAGCUACCGUGACAACAGGCAUUUCCAGGAAAAACAAAGCUCCAAACCCUGCCACCAGUGCUAGCUCUCAGAAGGAGCUCGGGACACCUGGGAACCUGCGGCAUGCUCAAGACCCCUUAAGACCGGGGCAUGGGGGAAGUACUCUUGAUCCAGGGCCCAUGCUUGUAGGCUGUGUGGCCCAUAUGGCAGCUCUGCAAAUCUAUCCAGACAGCUGUUCUCCCAGACAGGAUAGAAGCAGUGGGCUUUUCUGGAAGCCUCAGGCUUGGGGUCCCAACACUGUGCAAAAGAAACAGAUGAGCAGCAAUCCCGACAGAGCCGUUGUCUAUGACCUCUCCUCUCCAGCCAGCCCACAAGACCAGAGAUGCCAUGACCUUUUCCUGGACCUGAGCCAGCUCAAGUUGGAACCCUCCAGGCUAGGUACCCAGGCCUGUGUCUCUCUGGACAGCCAGCCCCAGCAGCUCAGCCCCAGGGCUCCAGACCAGGCACUACAUAGGGGUUCAGUGGGGUCCUGAGCCACUCUGGGCCCGUGCUGCCCAG